AUGACUGCUGUACUGACAGAUACAGGCCAGGUCAUUAGCAGCAGGCAUGGCCGCCGUGCCCUCCAAGCCUGGGUGUUGAACCUGAGACCAAGCCAGAGUGAGGGCAGUGUCAUUCCUCCUGUCCACUACCCCAACUUCUACUCCCAACACUACCACAGCAAUGAGCGGUCUUGUGUGGUGGCUGAGGAUUCUUUUGAAGAGGACAACGCUUCUGCUUCAUCUGAGCAGGUGGUGAGCUACAGCUACCUGGCUGCACCUCAAGGCCAAAGCCACUCCAAAGAUGUGGUCUAUGGGUCUAGUGCAGCAGCCAAGCCUCCUUCCUCUGGCCACAGCUUCUCUGCCAGAUCUCCAACUCUUGGCCAGACACUUUCACUGGAAACUCAGAAAUCUGGUCAUACAGCAGCUCCUGGCCAUGCCUCAGACCAUACUCACCUCAGCACUACACCACCUGUUAUUACUGCCUUCCAGUCCUCAAAAUUAUCUCACAUUUCCUCUUCCCCAUUAGUCCAUUCCUCAUCAUUCUCUGCACCAUCACCUUUUUUCUCCUCAUCCUUCUCACCUUCUGCUCACUCAUCAUCUCCCCCACAACCAUCACUCCCUCCUGCCUCUCCAUUUACUCAUCCUGAAGCCAUAUUUGCCAUGCACCAAACUUCUGCCACAGUUCACCCUGCUGAUCCCAGCCAAUUUAUCAUCAAGGACUCCACUUUCCAGGUGGUGAGCUACAGCUACCUGGCUGCACCUCAAGGCCAAAGCCACUCCAAAGAUGUGGUCUAUGGGUCUGGUGCAGCAGCCAAGCCUCCUUCCUCUGGCCACAGCUUCUCUGCCAGAUCUCCAACUCUUGGCCAGACACUUUCACUGGAAACUCAGCAAUCUGGUCAUACAGCAGCUCCUGGCCAUGCCUCAGACCAUACUCACCUCAGCACUACACCACCUGUUAUUACUGCCUUCGAGUCCUCAAAAUUAUCUCACAUUUCCCCUUCCCCAUUAGUCCAUUCCUCAUCAUUCUCUGCACCAUCACCUUUUUUCUCCUCAUCCUUCUCACCUUCUGCUCACUCAUCAUCUCCCCACAACCAUCACUUCCUCCUGCCUCUCCAUUUACUCAUCCUGAAGCCAUAUUUGCCAUGCACCAAACUUCUGCCACAGUUCACCCUGCUGAUCCCAGCCAAUUUAUCAUCAAGGAGGUUCCAGGAGGCUCUGGAAUGUAACUCCCACAGAUGGCAGGGAAACACUGCAUAUCUUCCCUCCCACAACAGCGAUGCACUUAAUGAAUUGGGCCAAGAUAAUUAGUGAAAGCUUUCUGUGUUAAAGAGAUGCAGCUAGUGAGCCAAUAUAUAUACUGAUCGUUCAAUUAAUCCUUUAUGUCAUAAAACUUCUCUGAAAAAAUCUAGUGAAUAAUUUUUCCUCUAUCACUGCACUGUCCUUGAUCUAAAUUACAUAUUAAAACUACAAAUGAUAGUGUAAUGAUCAGUAUGCUUG